CUCUCUCUCCCCCGCGUCUUCAAUCCUCAGGUGCGUGCGCUGUAACCCUAAUCCGCGAAAACGCCGUUUCCGGCGGAGGAACGGCCGGAAAUCUACGCCGCCUCGCCUCCUCUCCUCUCGUGCUCGCGGCCGGCGGGGAGACCCCGAGGGCAAAGCGGCGGACGGCCUCCUCCCCCCCCCCUCCGCCCCACCGCGGCCUCCGGCGAGCGGGUUUUGGGGCGGGGCGUCGCCCAUCUCCCCGUCCGAAUCGGAUCGAGGUCCACGUUUGGUCAAGCCCGAUGAAGAAGCCUAACAACAACGCCGGCAAGGCCAAGGCGGCCGCCGCCGGUGGGGCGGCCGGGUCGUCCAAAGGGGGCCCUUCCACCCCUGCAUCGCUCAAGCCAACUAAGUUGAACAAGGGGAAGGUGAAGGCGAAGGCUAUCCGGGAGAAGGCGGCCGCUGCUGCUGAAGAGGCCACAUCCCUUGGUGCUGCUGGUGGCAAUGCUGAAGCAUCGCCUGCGGGUCCGACUUUGCCGCCAGCCACCGUGGCCGAUGUGGCUGGGACAUCGAAGGGGAGCAGUUCCACCCCUGCGUCGCUCAAGACAUCUAAGUUGAACAGGGGCAAAGUGAAGGCGAAGGUGAAGGCUGCUGCCCUUCGUGCUGCUGGUGGCAAUAAUGAAGCAUCACCUGCAGCUCCAGCUCCGCGAUUAGCCACUGUGGCCGAUGGGUCAGCAACUCGUCUGAUAUCGACACCACCGGCAGCUACGGGUGAAGGAUCAGCGCCUAAGCGAAAGCCAAAGCCAAAGCAAAAGCUGGCUGAGGCUAAUGCUAAUGCUAAUGCUGCAGUUGCCACCAAGAAUGGUGUGUGUGCUGAUAGCAACGGUGGUGACGCCAUGAUGAAAAGAAAAAGAGAGAGUGCUGGGGAAAGGAUCAGCAAUGUGAAGGAAAAGGGAAAGGAGGAGGGAAGGAAAAAGGAAGAGGGACUUGGCAAUAAGGGAGGAGGGCUUAUAUUCAUGUGCAAUGCACAGACUAAACCAGAAUGCUUUCAGAGCCGCUUGUUUGGUUAUCCCAAAGGGAAAAUUGAGACAGUGGAGAAGGUCCGACCAGGAAUGAGGUUGUUCCUCUAUGAUUUUGACUUGAAGCUUCUGUAUGGGGUGUACAGGGCAGUAUCAAAGGGUGGGCUUGACCUUGUCCGAGAUGCAUUCAGUGGAAAAUUCCCUGCACAGGUGAAAUUUAAGAUAGAUAAGGAUUGCCUUCCACUUCCUGAGAGUAGAUUUAAGGAUGCAAUCAAAGAGAACUAUAAUUCAAAAAGCAAGUUCAACCCAGAGCUCAACUCUAGACAAGUCCAUAGGCUAAUUGCUCUAUUUGAGUCUGUUAGUGUACCUCAAUCCGCUCCAGAGAAGCCUCUUGAAGAGAGGCACCGCUAUGAAGGAAAAGCACAGCCACAUCAAUAUGAAGAAAGACGAUCUUCUUUGCCUGUUGUGCAUAUUCCUCCCCCUGAAGACUUAUAUAGGGCAACACGCUUUGAUCCACAUCCAGUGGAUAGGAUUGGCCAUACUUUGUCUAAUGCCCAGGAUGAUCCCCAGAUACAUUAUCAGCAAACACUUUUUGCACCUGAGUCUCGGCACAUUCCUCUUGCCACAGAGCCUCAUCACGGCCCUUCUAUCCCAGAGAUUCAGCAUGCCCCACAUGCAUACUACCGCCAUUUGGCUCCUUCAUCUGAUGUUCCAUAUUAUCGCUCUCAAGUUGAUCUACUGCCUGAUCGUGUUGCUGCUAGAACUGUAGCUGAUCCAUUACUUCCAAGAGAUUAUACAGCAGUUCCAGCUGCAAGAUCUGACCGUGUGGAGGAUCUCAGGCGGAUAGGGGAUAUUGCUCCACGUGGUGCCCGUGUGGAGGAGCUCUACCAUCCAGGAGAGAUUGCUGCUCGUGGCUCUCGCAUGGAGGAGCUCUACCGGCCAGUAAGGACUGCUGCUCCCAGCGCUCAUGUAGAGCAGCUCUACUGCCCAGGGGAGAUAGCUGCUCGUGGUUAUCGUGUGGAGGAGCUCUACCGUCCAGGAGAGAUUGCUGCUCAUGGUGCUCGCGUGGAGCAUCUGUACCGUCCAGGAGAAAUUGCUCUCCAUAGCACUCGUGUGGAAGAUCUGUACCGACCUGGAGAAAUUUCUUCUCCUGCUGUUCGUGUAGAGGAUCUUUACCGUUCUGAUCAACUCACUCGUGCUGUGGACCUACCUCUCCGUUCAUCCUAUCCAACAGCUCAUUAUGAGGUUCCCAACCCUUCAUACUCUGAUAUCAGUCAAAGGUAUGCCUCUACAAGGCUUAAUGCACCUGGUGCAUCCGUUUCGUCGCUUUACACCUUUCCUGGUGCGCCAGCAUACCGAUGAUUAGUACUCUAAAUUUGCCACCUGGGCUGGUCAUACUGCUAGCUGCAUCGGUAGCAUUUAGUAGAACUCAUGUCUAAACCUUAGGAAACCUGGAUGGUUGCUGCCUCUCCUGUCGCAGUGGUUUGGUUUACCUGUAUUGUGUGCACUCGUUGAUCUUCACCCUGCACAAAAACGAUGUCCAGGUCCAACCUUUUCCAUUCAUGCUGUCGAUAUCCAUGAAUAUUAAUCUCGUCUUUUGUGGGCGUGUUGGGACGCUCUAUGGACCUGGCAUUUUCUCCAAGGUAACAAAGCUCAAUUGUGGCUAUCCACAAGGGCGGUUUCAUCUUGUAUUCUUUGGCCUUGGAUGAUUAUAACUCCUUAAUCCGAUAAUAGGGAUGAAAGUGGAUCGGAUAGUGUAUGUGAUGCAGACCCAGGAUCUGGUUACAUACAUUGUCCAUCUGAUCUGAUUUCAUCCCUGGUAUAUGAUCCCUAAUUCCUUUCAUUGGCAGUGGAAGGUGGUGCAUUUUGGCCUGUCGCCACUCUGUAUUCCACUAAGACGAAAACAGUGGCUUCGUAUAAAUUAUAAUCCUCACUAAUUCGAUGGGAAUUGUAUCCUUCAAUUAUUCGUCUGUUUUGG